AUGUCUUCACAUCAAAGACAAGAUUCGAUAGCGUCGUUAAGCUCGACAGCUACGGGUAAUAUCCAUCCACAGAAGAUAGGGCCAUGGAAGCUAGGCAAAACUUUGGGAAGGGGAGCAACUGGAAGAGUUUUGUUGGCCACUCAUCAGAGUACUGGACAGAAAGCUGCUGUUAAGGUUGUAUCCAAAUCAGAAUUAAACGAUGACGAAAUAAAUAAGAAGUCCGCGGACGAGGCAGGGUUGCCAUACGGUAUAGAGAGAGAAAUUAUCAUCAUGAAGUUGUUGACACAUCCAAAUGUUUUGAGAUUGUACGAUGUUUGGGAAACAUCAAAGGCGCUUUAUUUGGUUCUUGAAUACGUCGAGGGUGGUGAGUUAUUCGAUUUGUUGGUGGAAAGAGGACCAUUACAGGAAAUUGAAGCCAUUAAAUACUUCAGGCAAAUUAUACUAGGAACCGCCUAUUGCCACGCGUUAGGUAUUUGUCAUAGAGAUUUGAAGCCAGAGAACUUAUUAUUGGAUGCGGGAUUGAAUGUCAAGUUGGCUGAUUUUGGAAUGGCUGCUUUAGAAAGCAAUGGCAAAUUGCUUGAGACUUCAUGCGGUUCACCUCAUUACGCCGCUCCUGAAAUUGUUAGUGGAUUAAAAUACCAUGGUGCAGCAUCUGACAUUUGGUCUUGUGGGGUUAUAUUAUUUGCGUUGUUAACUGGUCGAUUACCAUUUGAUGACGAAAAUAUCAGAAACUUACUUUUGAAGGUCCAAGCUGGCAGUUUUGAAAUGCCGUCUGAGUUAAGUUCAGAGGCUGUGGACUUGAUAGAUAAGAUGUUGACUGUAGAUCCUAUGAAGAGAAUUCCAACUGAUAGAAUAUUGUCUCAUCCCUUAUUAACUAAGUACCCAAUUCCAAAUGAAGAUUUAAUAAGUGUCAAAAGUUUGCCACACCCUGAAACUGCCUAUAAGUCUUUGGGUUCGGAAAAGAACAUUGAUAAGCAAAUCUUGCAAAAUUUAUCCAUUUUAUGGCACGAUAGAUCCCAAGAAGACAUUGUUGAAUGUUUACUAAAGACGGGAUCAAAUCCCGAGAAGACUUUCUAUGCGUUAUUAAUGAGAUACAGACAUAACCAAGAAGAAUCUACUGGCUCUUCACCAACAAGAUCAGAUUCGCAAAACUAUAAUAAUAAGACUACUAACAAGGAUAAUAAUAGAAAGAAGAGAAUGAGCCAAGUCAGUGCUUCAACGUCAAGAAAUAGACCAGUCCUGUUUCAAUACAAAAACGGCGUAAGAUCCUCAAUCAGUAAUGGAAAUGGUAGACUUUCAACACCCUCAAGCGUCAGUAACUCACCUCGCAAAUCUCCUGCCCGUCGUUCUUCUAAUAGGUAUUCUUUUGCUCAAUCACCAAGAAAAUUUGGUGGAACAAGUGAUGAAUCUACCCUCCGUAGUUCUUCAGUCCCAAGAAACAUUUAUAAUGAAAUUGUUAGCGCCCAAAGAAACGGACAAGCUGCUAUGCCUCCUCCUUUGCCAUCCAAGGAUAAUAUGGAUUCCAAGUCCAAUCCGAUUGUUAACGAGAUAAGUAAUCAAGACUUAUUAUCUUCGGCUAAGAUCUCACCAACCAAGAAUAAGAGAAGUUCAGUUAUCAGAAAUAGUAUUUCUAAAAACAGAUUGUCAAAAAGAAAAUCAAGAACUUCUUUCACGCCGGGACUUAAGCGUAAUUCGAUCACAACUAAAUUAUUAUCUACGUAUGCUAAGUUAGCAGGUGAAACUGAUUGGGAAUUCAUGGAUAAACAAACAAAGAGGACUUCAGCUACAUUCGCCACUUUAUGUGAUAAGAUUUUCAACCAAGAACAAUAUGAUGAAGAAGAUGAAAAAUUGAUUGACGAAGAAGAGAAACAAGCAAAGGAAUAUGAAAGAUUAAUGGAAAUAGAAAGGAAAAAGCAUGAAGCUGAAUUAAGAGCCAGGAAAGAAUUAGCUAAACAAAGGAAAAGAGAAAAGAGAAAAUCUUUGCUUUCAUCUAAAAAGCUAUCUAUAUUGGUCAAGGACGAUGCAAACAACAGUGAACAAGAUAUAACUGUAACUGAUUCGGAUGCACUUUCUCAGCCAAAAAGACAAUCCAGGAAUCAAGCUAUGCGUUCAAUUUCUGAAGGACAUGCUAAGGAAAAUGAUGAUUUGACGAAGGAGGAUCUUGAAAAUUUAAAAAGAAGAUCGGUAACUCAACCUACUCCUAGAAGAAGAAAAACUCCAGUUUUAACCAGAAGACCAGUUUCAAGAUUGGAUCCUUUAUGGACUGCGUAUGAAAAUGAAGAAAUAGAAAGGGCCCAAGAUGCGUUAGAAGCUGAAUAUAGGGACGCUGAUUUCAAGACCAAAAAGAAAAUUAAUAGAGAAUCUAUGGUAUCGGUUAUGGAUGUUAACAAAGAUGAUGAAGGUUAUGUCGAUGAAGACCAAAAUGAGGCUACAGCUACAGCUAACUCUCCUAGUUAUGAGUUGCCUGCACCAGAUAUGGAAAGAUCUGAUUUGAGUGACGAGUAUAUGAGUGAAAUCAGAAAAUCCAGAUUAUUAAAUUCUCAGCUAAAUAUUAAUGCAAUUGCCAACGGUGAAAAAGAAGUCAAGCCAAAAAAGAGACAAGAUGAACCAAAAACGCUAAUUGGAGACGUAAGAAUCCCAACAGUUACAAGAAAAUCAAGAUGUUUUACAAAUUCUAAUAAAAGAUUGUCUGUUUUGAGUAUGUACUCAACCAAGCAAUCGUAUCGUGAUUUGAAUUCGAUUUUAGGAGAAGGUGAAAAUGAUGAGAAUACUGAAGUGGAUGGACAAUUACCACAUUUAAGGACCAGUUUUGCUGACAGAUUGGACAGAGCAGGUUUACCGGAUGCUGAAGAAGAUGAAGAAGAACCAUUAGAUGAAGGUUCUAUUAUGGAUUUUGAUCAGCAUCUUGCAAAUAAGCGUUCGUCAUAUUACGCUGGUGAUAAAUCGAGAAGGCAAUCAAGAUAUUCCACAACAAAACGAAGUUCACAAGCUCCAACUGUAGAUGUCCCAGCUAUUCCUAAGAAAUCAAGCAAGGAUGUUGAUGGUGAAGAUGAUACUUUCGUCACUAAGAACGAUGAAGUUCAUAGAAGAAAGAGCGCUUAUUCUGAAAAAAAUGUUAAUCCUAAUAAAGACGAAGAUAUGAUUUUUGAGAAUAUAAAGUUACCUAACGAGGAUAGAAGACAAUCUGCUGCUACUUCUAAGUCGAACAAUAAGAAGUCGUUUCUACCAAGUGCCGAAUCUAUGUUAAUACCUAAUGUUGAUAAUAUUCCCGAAGAUACCAAAACGAGGAAAACAGACCCUCGCUCUCAACCAUAUGAAAAGGUUCGUAAACCUAAGACUACUAAUGGGGGAUUAGAACUGGCUGAUCAAGAGGGCCAAGCUAAAAAACCAUUGGUAGAUACUACAAAUGAGCCUAGGGAGAACCAAAAAAGAAAGGGCUCCAUUUUCCGUAAGUUAUCAUGGGGCUCUAAAAAGACAAUGGACAAUACAACUACUCAAUUACCAUCUCCAGCUGAUUCAAGGGCUGCUUCAGUUGAAGAAAAGCCAAAAUCAAAAUCUGGAUUCUUUAGAUGGUUUUCAAAUAGUUCAAAUCAAGCUGGUAUUGAAUCGGAGAUUAGAAGGUUUAAAACAAUCUUGCCUAAACAAGAAAUGUCUUCCGCCUUAUUUGCAUUAUUAAAUUCGUGGUCUAAUUUCGGAUUGAAGAAUUUGAGAAACGAUACUGUCGGUUACAAUAUAACUGGUGAAAUUUCUAAGAACAAUGCAUUUAACUUAAAGAAUUGUAAGUUCAGAAUAAAAGUCAAUCCUAGAGAAUUUAACCAAAAAUCGGAAAUCGUUUGCGCAAGAGUUAAAGGAUCUAAGGUUACUACUGAUACCUUAUUUAAGGAAAUUGAAAAGGUCUUACAAAAGGAAGGAGUUAUGGAUGUUUGA